UAGGAGUGCUAGCUAGGCGAAAAGGUUAAUUAUUAGUCGACAGGUCAAUGUAAACUAAGUCUUAUCUUCAAAACGUACGCUGAAAUUAGUCUGGAGAAUGUUUUGACUGUUUGAGUCAUGUGACAAGAAACAUUCAAGGUGUGAAAAAAUAUGUUCAGAGAUUAUAAUUAGAUCAACACACAAGGCGAACUGUGAUUUGAUAUCUGUGACAGCUUGUGAAUGACGUCAAGGAAGUGACCUGCUAGUUCAAGUUGAAUGAGAUCUUCUUUCUUAGAAGUAGGUCUUGCAUUGAAUCAGUGAAAAUACAUGACCAAAAUACUACCAACAGGGACUGAAGGAAAGUGCUGCUGUAUCAAAUUUUAAGUAAAAUCAGAGUGGGUCAGCAUUGAAUAAUUUAACAACAGAGACUCUUGCUAAAGCCUUAAUCUAAGAACAAUGUCUUGCAGAACUGGAGAUGUAACAUUCAGUCUUGUGCUGGUAUAUAUAUGGCUGGUUUUAAUUCCUCUUGCACUUGGAGUUGGUAGCUGUAACUAUACUAGCUCUAUAAAAGACAUUACUGUCACUUGCAUAUUUGAUCCUAAGACAGUUAACUACACUGCUUCAUUUGUAAUUGACGGAGGUUAUGACUUUACAAAUACAAUUCCUACUUCUUCUCCACCAUUUGUCAAUCCUAUUUCAUUUACCUACAACCAAACUGUGUCUGGACAAAAGUACAGAGUCUUAGUGGAGGAGGUUCACAGUGACAAUAUCAAAAUUUUCAUUUAUAAUGUGACUGUUGCAGUGGUGCCAUUGAAACCAGUCAAUUUAAAAGUUCAAGACAGGGGAGAGGACUUUCUAACUCUGUUUUGGAAUACUUCCUUUGGCACAGUACGUGACAGCCAUGAGAUUUAUUAUAGAAAAGAGAAUGAGACGAAUGCUGAAAUGGUUCUUUCUCCUUCUGCUGACAAUAAAUACAAACUGACUAAUUUGUCUCAUGGAACGAAAUAUGUUGUAUACAUAGUGGCUGUAACAUUAGAUGCUAAAAGUCAAGAAUCAGAUAAAAUAACAGAAUCCACAGCUCCUAAACCACCUACAAAUGUAACUGCAGUGCCAAAUGAUUCUAGCAAAAUUACCGUAUCAUGGUCUCCACCAGAUUUAUUCUUUCAGGGAAGUUAUCUAGCCAAGUACACACCUCGUGGCGAACAAGCAGAGGUCAACAUUACUGGCUGUACUAAAUCAUCUUGCACUUUCACUCCAAAAAAUGUACCAUCUGGUCAGCCCCUCUUAAUAUCAGUAUACUCUUUAAGUCAAGGGAUCUACAGUGUUGCCGCUUCUGUUAACUCUUCAACUGCACCUGGAUCUGUAUCUAAUUUUCAUGGUUCUUCGAAGGAAGCUGGGCUUGUUGUAUCUUGGAUAGCACCUAUUAAUUCGGAACAAGUCAGUUAUACAAUCAAUGCCACAAACUUGUACAGUUUAUUUGAUUCUAAGAUAGACAGUGAACCUGCUAACAAUAUAACCAGUUUCACCAAGGAAAUUAUGGGCUUAAUUGGAGGCUCUCUGUAUGAAGUAAAAAUACAGGCAGAAUCUACUUUUGCUAAAGGAGAAAUCAGCACCAGCAAUAUUUAUACACUUCCAGAGAGAGUGAACAACCUUUCAGGAGUGGCCAUCAAUACCACAGCAUAUAAUCUGACCUGGGACUUGUCCAGUAGGUCUAGAAUUGCUUACCUCAACAUAACUGUCUCACCAGAAAGUAUGGUACAGAUCAGUAAGUCUACCUUCUAUGUCAUCACUGACCUAAAGCCUGGAAAUCUGUACAAUGUCUCUAUUGUAACCAUAAGUGAUAUUAACCCUGCUUUCCCUAGUCCAUUAGUUCAAAAAGACUUCAGAACAAAGCCAGUGAAGCCAAAGAUUAAUUCAGUAAUUGCCAACGAGACCUCACUCACCAUUGGAAUCACCAGAGAAAGUUCAGAAGGUGAAUGGGAUUAUAUCAUGACCCACUUGAACACUUUAUCUGUUCAAGUAAAGAUGGAUGAAGUUAAGUUUGACAACCUGGAACCUGGACGACUGUAUAGACUAGAAGCUUACACAGCCAUUGGUGUGGCAAGAAGUGACAACAUCACUGUUAAUUUAUUUACUAAGCCAAAGCCACCAAAAUCAUUAGAUGUAUGGGUUAAUGGAACAAGAUUCCGAGCUAAAUGGGAAUCUCCUGACUUUGGCUUUGACGGCUUCAAUGUUACACUGACCAAGUUGGUGGGAACUGAGUUUCUGAUAGAACAGCACCAGGGCCCAAUAAAAGAAAAUGAAAUUGGAUUUCCCAAUCUUACGGCUGGAGCUACCUACAGGGUAACAGUUGUGACAGUCAAGGGAGAUCAAGCCAGCACAGCUAUCUCAAAGGAGAACACCACUGUGCCUCUCCCUAUCAUGCGGGUCAGAGUGUCUGUCAGGGGUGUCAGCAGCAGCACCAUAACCUGGGAUGCCCCUCUUGGUUCUUCCUUGACUGGCUACGCCCUGACCUUUGCGCCUCUGAACCUGACACUCGUGAGCCUGCCCAAGGAAAUGACACAAUACAAGCUAGAUGAUCUUCAGCCAGGGACUAACUACACAGUAACGCUGUUCACCUACUCUCGCAGAGCGCCAGAUAAUGUUCUGCUUUACAGUCAGGCGACCCAGUUUAACUUUACCACUUAUCCUGACUCAGUCGCAGCACUUCAAAAAGUGCAGGCCACCACAGAUAGUAUAACUGUCAACUGGACAGCCCCUACCAGUGUCAAUAUUGACUUCUACCAACUAGGUAUUUUAGUAGAAGAUGUUACUACCAAACCCAAUGAGCCGCCCCUUGUGGUUCCAAAAAAUGUCACCAAUGCAACAUUCAGCAACUUAGAACCUGGAUUUUUCUACACUAUUGCCAUUCGUACAGUGAAAAGUGGACCUGCUGGCCAGGCACCACAGUUUGGACCAGCUGUUAGACUCAAGACUGUCACUAAACCACUUCCAGUUAUGGAUCUGGAAGUCAACACACUGAAUACAACGGCAGUUGGUGUCAGGUGGUCUCUUAAUAAAACUAGCAAACAGAACUGGGUACAGGUCCAGUAUGGAGAUAAAUUACAAAGGCUACCUGUCAGAAAUCUGUCUGACUUCAGUAUUGUGCUGUCUGGCUUGCUGCCAGGGUCCUCCUAUAACAUAAGUGUCCAGGCCAUCAGAUUUAAUGAUACAGAUGAAGAGAGCAGUAAUGAGACCGUUGCCAGGGGCAACACAGCCCCAAUGCCAGUGCAGAAUCUGAACAUCACUGCAGACCGCUCUCGUAUCCUGCUCUCUUGGUCACCCCCAGCCUUAGGCAGUGUGGGCAGCUAUAAUGUCUAUUACUGGCCCAUAUUGAGAGGGUCCUCCAUGGGAAAGUCCACUCGCAGCACCAGCUCUACCAACAUCAGGUUGAGUGACCUCUUUCCAGGUGAAAAAUAUCUUGUUAAUGUCACAGCAGUCAGUAACAGUUUGGAAAGUACUCAUGUAACAGGGGAGGCAGUUAUUGAUCCUGACCCACCAAGGUCUCUGCUUCCUGACAAAAGCAAGACCACAACUUCCAGUGUCACCGUUUACUGGUUUUAUAAUAUUGAUGACACCUUCAACCAGUGGUGGACUGUCCAGGCAAGGGAUGGCUCUUUUCUGGUGACCCAUGUGGUAGAACAGAUAGAUGGUCAGACAGAUUAUGAGUUGGAGAUUGAUCAGCUGACACCUGGUCACACCUACAAUAUUUCCAUCAAGAGUCACGUGGUUAACAGGGUAUCCAGUGAGAUAUUUACCAAUGUUACCACAAAGCCUGUGAUCAACUCAGUAUUGACAGAGAGCUCCAGUAGCAAUAGUUCUAUCACCAUCACAUACACAGUAGCUGCAGAGGAUGUCUUUGAUCAUUUCAUCUUCAACAUCUCUGGUGGUCAGCCUGUGAUUAAAGCCAAAAGUGAUGUGCCUAGCUCUGUUGGUUUUACAAAUCUUCAGGCAGGGACAAAGUAUACCGUAACGGCAUACACUGUGAUCAAUUUUGAAUCGAGUAGCCCUAUCAUUGUAGAAAUUUACACAGAUCCAAAUCCAGUCCCUGUUCAUCUGUCCUCAACAUCCAAAACUGUGAGCCUAUUGCUUGGCCCACAAGUGGGGGAGGCAGCCCAGUACACCAUCGUCUGCACAUCUGCCAGCAAUAGGAGUUGUGGGGAGAAGACUGUGGCGGCACAGGUUAUAAUGCAGCCUAUUGUCUUCACUGACCUACUGCCUUUUCAUGAGUACAUGUUCAGGGUCAUCACCAAGACAACCAGUGUAAACAAUUCUGUUAAGAUGGCCACAGAGGAAUUUAUGUAUAGAACGGCUGAAGCGCCUCCUGGCCCUGUCAGAUCAUUCACCCUUGUGGAUAAAGACUUGCACUCAGUUAUGUUGUCAUGGGAACCCCCCUCAAUGACUAAUGGAGAUAUUAAGUAUUACACCAUCUCCUAUGUAGGCAGUGAGCCAACUGACCCAGAGACUAGAGAUGAGAAAGAACUGACAGUAAAUGGUUUGUCCAACACCAUAACUGAUCUGAAAGCUGGCUACAAAUACAUAUUUAAGAUUUCAGCUUUUACCAUUGAAAAAGGUGAUGAGGAAGUAAGGGAGAUUACCAUGAAAACUGCUGCUCCGACAUUUAAAGCCAACUAUGAUGCUGAAAGUAGUAAGCCACAUACAGUGUCUGACAAAACUCUGCCCGGGAUCACCCAGAACCAGAUUUCAUUUGAGUUAAAGAAUCCUUUCAGUCCAGACAAUGGUUUAAUCAAAUACUACACAGUUAUAGCUUCCCUUGACCCAUCUGUCUCGGACAAAGACUCACUUCUGCCCAGUUGGCUGGAUGUCCAGAAAAAUUCAAAUCUCAAAUUUUAUCUUGCUGCUAACUGUACAGAUUUGUUUGCAAGGGAAUCUGCUUGCGAAGCUCUUUCUGAAAGCAGACACAGGAGAGACACUGGAGAACUGGACUCACAAACCUUUGUCCUGGGAGGGGAGACUAGUACCAGCUGUAUCAACAGGCCCUUCUGUAAUGGACCACUUACACCUGGCACAGAGUAUGCUAUCAAAUUGAGAGGGUACACAGCCUCUGGACAGUACCAGGAGACAGCUUACUCAGACAAAGUUAAAACAAAAAAGUUAGAUGUAUCAAAGGCAGAGUUGAUUGGAGGAGUGGUCGCAGGCAUCUUCAUACUGAUCAUUCUGAUCAUUAUUGCUGUAUUGCUGGUGAAGAAAAUCAGAAACCAGCCAAAGAAAGCUGUGAAAUAUUCAGCACCAAGGCCACACUGGAAGCACUCAGUAAUGAGUCAGCUAAGCCGUCCAGUGAAACUUGUGGAUUUUCCAACUCAUGUCCAAAAGAUGUCAUCUGAUUCAGACCUUAAAUAUGCUGAGGAAUAUGAAGAUCUGAAAGAUGUUGGCAGAGACCAACCAUGUACAGCAGCAGAGUUCCCCCCUAACAGACCCAAGAAUAGGUUUACCAACAUACUUCCAUAUGACCAUUCCCGUGUCAAGUUACUCCCCACAGACGAUGAAGAAGGGUCAGAUUAUAUCAAUGCUAACUACAUGCCUGGCUAUAGUUCUAAAAGAGAGUACAUUGCCACACAAGGACCACUUCCAUCUACACGAGAUGAUUUCUGGAGAAUGAUUUGGGAGCAGAACUGUAGGAAUAUUGUCAUGUUGACCAGGUGCCAGGAGAAAGGGAGGGAAAAAAGUGAUCAUUAUUGGCCCAAUGAUGCUGAGCCCAAAUUUUAUGGAGAUCUUCAAGUAACCAUUCUAAAUGAGACUCAUAUGCCAGAUUGGACUAUAACAGAAUUUAAAGUUGCCAUGGGUGAGCAAUCUAGGAAUGUUCGCCACUUUCAUUAUCUUGUGUGGCCAGAUUUCGGGGUGCCUAGCACCUGCACAUCAUUGAUACGUUUUGUGAGGACAGUCAGAGAGAAACUGAUCAGAGAAGGUGGACCCAUUGUAACUCACUGCAGUGCUGGAGUUGGUCGGUCAGGUACCUUCAUUGUUUUGGAUCAUCUCUUGCAACUUAUACGAGAGAAGGAUGAAGUAGAUAUCUUCAGCCUGGUGUACAAGCUACGCAAGGAAAGGGUCCUGAUGGUUCAGACUGAGCAACAGUACAAGUUUAUCCAUGAAUGCUUAUUGUGUGUGUUAGAAGGGCGAGAGGAAGACAUAACCUACAUGAACUUUGGACAAGUUAAUGCUGCAUUUGAAGAGGGCCAACAACAGUCAAUAGUGGAUCAAGAUACUGAUUUUGGUAUCAAUAUGGAUCACGAUGAUGAGGGCAUCAAUGUUGAAACUGUUUGAAAAGGUCAUCAUCACCAACAUUGGCUUUCUGGUCACUGGACAUCACUGCCAAAUUCAACAUGAUGGUUAUUGAACAUCGCUGUUAACUAUGAACUGGUUGCUUGUCAUCACUUACAACUAAUUUCUGCUAGAUAUUGGUUGUCACCUCCAGCUAAAACAAAUCAAGAAUCACAAAAGAUAAGAAUGGGUUGUUGUUUUGUUCUUUGUUUCAUUUUAAAAAAGUGUCGAUACAAAACCAGCUGUGAUCUCCAUGUUUUCUUCAAGUGUAAUUGAUCUGCUUACCAGAGAACAUAAUAUGAAGGUUUUGAAUCGCCUAUUUGUUUUCUUUUCUUUACCAAUCUCAAAACUGUUUUGUUAUAUAAGUUUUGGACAUGAACCUAGAAAUCAAGAUAAUGGCCUAACAAGGGAUGCUGGGGAGUGUGGUGUUUGAGCAAUUGAAAUAGCAGUCUGAAGCACAUACCUCAGGACAAGGCAGUCACUUUGGUGUAAUAUUACUGUUUGUUAAAUUAAUUUUUCUGUGUCUAAAAUACAAUAAAUGGACCUGCCGCUCUCUUGCUAUACUGCUAAGACUAACUGCUGACCAGAAAAAGUGGAGGAAUUAGGUUGUGAGUCACAGCACUCCUAAGACAAAAGUAUUGGGACAGAUGGUGAUGAUAAUGAUGAAACACAAUCAGUAAUUAGAUCACUUGUAGCUAACACAUUACUGUCAGGAAAAUGCAUUUCUCAGCACUAUUAGUGGUGACACAAUUGUGUCAUUUUUCUGGCUGACUGUGUAUUUAUUUUGUAAUCAUUCAAGUUAGGAUUUUGUCUAAUGAUGAUCUUUAAAUACAAUCUUAAUCAUACUUUAAAUAGUGAUUUUGAAUUUUAAAAAAAUCUUUUUUUUAAUGAAUCACUUUCAUUUAUGAUGAAUUAUAUUUUGCGACAUCCUAAUAUAUUUUUUGAAUAAAUUAAGAUAUUUUCAAAUAAUAAUAAAUGAAUAAAUAUGUUACAGGUAUUAUGGCUAUGUAAUAGAAGAUUAUAGAAUGGAAAUACAUUUUUAUUUGAAUUUGGUACAUUUAGAUUUGUAUUGUCAAUAAAUUUUUUAUGUGAUAUCAUUUUGAAAACCUUACAUCUAGAAUGUUAAUUGUCCAAAUGUUAAGGAAAAUUUAUUGAAAGCUAUCAUUUCAUUUUUUAGAAGAGGGAUGUGGAUUUUUUUACCUCUUGUUUACAGCACAGACAAUCUUUAGUUCUAAAUGUUAUUUCUUUUAUAUUUGGCACUUUUUUUUUUACUAUUGUACAAAACAUAUUCUGUAAUUUCUUGUCUACUGUUUGUUUUAUAGAAAUAUAUAUAGAGAGAGAACAUAAUUCAAAGAUAAAUUAAUUAUUUAGAUAUUUUUACAAACAUUUGAAAUUAUUUUAAGUCAUUGCUUAGGAUGAAACUUCUACUCUUUCAGAAAUUGCUUGAUUGACAUAAUGAAAAACUUGAACCAGUGUAUAUUUUCAACAACCAAAAAAAAAAAGCUUUGAACUUUCUGUUUUUGUAUUAUUAUUUUUUUUUAUUAUUAUUUUGUAAAGUUUUUGCUUGUUUCUUGUCAACUUUCCAAAUAUUAUGUAAGAGAAGAAUUGUUCUCAUUUUAAGGGGGGGGGGGCGGCGAUUUUGCAGACGAGCUGCAUUUUUUUCCCAUUGAAUUGAAAAUUUAAUUUUAUCUUUUAGUUUUAGUCUAAAAGUGGUGAACUAUUGAAAAGACAUCUCCCCCCCCCCUUCCAGGUGAUCAUUGUAGAAAAUCAAGCUGUGUUUACUUUCUAAUAUCAUUAGUAACAAAAAAAUGUUUCAUGAUAUUUAGUAAUAGCAGUGUUUAACCAAAUCAUGCAGUGUUUAAUUUCCAAUAUAAUUACUAACAAAAAAUAUUCUACAGUUUUUGUUUUUUUUAUUCCAUUCCUGUUUGGUUUUAUGAUUACAUUUUAGCAGCUUUUAAAAUGUAACUCCAAAUGUGUGUACUUAAAGAACAUUUCCAAACACUUAAUUUAUGUUCAUAUAGCUGCAUCAUAAACCAUCAAAAUCAAAUGUUACAUUCUGAAUAUGCCUCACAUGCAAUAUGUUUAUGGUGCAUAAAUAUUUUACAUAAUAACUUUAAUUGUCCACUUUUGUGACCAUUGCUUGUUUGUUUGUAACUGUUUUACUUUUAUGUCAUGUUUUUUAACUCAAUGAGUGCGGAGCGUCUAUCCCAUAGACGGUCUGUCUGCCCUAAACGCACGGAACGUCUAUCCCAUAGACGUUCUUACCCUACCUUUGUUUCGUUGCAUUUUUAAAUUAAAAAUUUUAACUAACAACAGUGGAACUAUUUUUAAUUUAUAAAAGAGUUCUUCAUCCUUUGUUUACAUAGAAAUUAGAAGCUUUUGGCUUUAUUUAGACAUUUAUUUAUUACUUUUUUUUACAAUGUAAAAAAACGUUGCCAUGACUACGCUAGUCCAAGACACACCCACAAUGUUGACUACUGAAGAAACUUUAUAAUUAUUCUAAAAAUUAUCACAAAUAAAUAGUAAUAAUGAAGAAUUUGAUCUAGAUUAGAUUCAGGCUUCAGGUAGGUCUAAAUUUAGCGUAUUUAUAUGAUUAUAUGAUAUAUCUAUAUUAUUAGUAUUUAGAUCUAAAUCUAUUAUUGUCAGUAGGCUAGGUGUAGUCUGUAGAUCGAGAUUGACUAGAUCUAAGCUUUUAUCUCUAGACUUGGACUCUAGAUCUAGAUAUAUCUUUAGAUCUAAGCUUUUGGUAAAUAAAAAGAAAGGAAAUGGUAGAUCUACAUCCAAUAAUCAUCUACUGUGGGCAUUUUUUCCCCAUUUUCUUUUUUUUUUUUUAGUAUUGUUUAUCUGUAAAAAUCUACAACAUCAUGGCUAUGCUUGUCCAAGACACACCCACAAUGUUUACUACUGAAGAAGCUUUAUUAUUGUUUUAUUUAUACUUCUAUGAAUUGUAAUAAUGAAGAUCUUGAUUAAGAUUUAGCAUAGAAUGAAGCAGACUUGGACAUUAUUAGCAUUUAGAUUUAGAUCUAGAUCUAGUAUUGCCUUAUAUGCUUAGGCUUAGGCCUUAGCCUUAGACUAGGGCUAGGUCUUGAAUGUAGAUCAAGGUUGACUAGAUCUAUGCUUUUAUCUUUACACCUUUGUAGAUUCCUAUAGAUCUAACCCUUAGAUAAAUGAAAACAACAGAAUUGGCAGAUCUAAAUCCAAUAUUCAUCCACCAUGCUGGGCCUUUUCUUGGUAUAUUUUCUAGCAAUUUUUUUUAGUAUUGUUUUUUGGUAAAAAUCAUCACCAUCACUAUACUGGUUCAAGUUGCACUCCAAAAGGUUUACUACUAAAUAAAAGUAAAAUAUAAAACUAUUCUAAAUCCAUAAUUUAUCACAAAGGAACAGUAAUAAUGAUCUAUUCGAUGUCUAAAUCUUAGGUAAAAUGAAUUAGGAUUUUUAUUGUCCUUCAUCUAGUUAGAGAUUUAGGCUUUGAUCUCUCGCUAGCCUAUGUCUUGCACUGGUCUAGUAUUAGAAUGAAAGAUGUUCUAUGCAAAUAAAAAGAAGACAAAUCUAGAUCUAUAUCCCAUUGAUUCAAAUGUACAUAAUAUUUGAGUGCAUUUGGUUGAUAGAUUUAGUGCUGGUAUCUAUUGUUAUUGGUAGUAAUGAAAAGCGCAAUAAUUUUCACUUUUUUUUCUGACUAAAAAACCAGGUAAAAAUAAUAAUAUAAUCAAUGAUUCAUCAUCUUUUAUUGACUAUUUUAUCACAUUUCUUUUUGAAAAUAUCACAAAGGAACAGUAAUAAUGAUCUAUUUGAUGUCUAAAUCUUAGGUAAAAUGAAUUAGGAUUUUUAUUGUUCUUCAUCUAGUUAGAGAUUUAGGCUUUGAUCUCUCGCUAGCCUAUGUCUUGCACUGGUCUAGUAUUAGAAUGAAAGAUGUUCUAUGCAAAUAAAAAGAAGACAAAUCUAGAUCUAUAUCCCAUUGAUUCAAAUGUACAUAAUAUUUGAGUGCAUUUGGUUGAUAGAUUUAGUACUGGUAUCUAUUGUUAUUGGUAGUAAUGAAAAGCGCAAUAAUUUUCACUUUUUUUCUGACUAAAAAACAAGGUAAAAAUAAUAAUAUAAUCAAUGAUUCAUCAUCUUUUAUUGACUGUUUUAUCACAUUUCUUUUUGAAAAUGCUGUAAAUAGUCUAAAUAUGCUGUUUCAACAGUAAUACAAAGAACAAAAUCUAAAUUUAGGUCUCAAAAGUUCUAAAGUUGGCAUCCAUUUUUUUUUCUGAGUGUCAUAUUAUUUAGAUUAUAAUUUGUAUCUUAUAUUUAAAUAGAAAAAUGUUUACAUUUUCACAUUCUCCAUUCAUUUACCUUUACUUUGAUACCAAAUUUGUUACUAUAGCAUCAUUGGUACUUAAACAAUAAAUUUUUGUUUUAGCCAUGUUUGGAACAUUUUCUUAUUUUUUUAAAAAAAGUAGCAUUUUUUUGAAAACAAAACACAGCAGUCAAAGAGUUAAUGAACCAUUGCUGACACCAAAUGUUAAUCUAAGUGCCUGUUUUAAUAUUUGUAUCACAUAUUGGUUGAUCAGCUAAAAUCAUUAUAUUAUUUCAUUUUUCAAAAGUAUGGUAUAGAUAUUGGAGUUGCUUCAGAGUGCUUUCAAAUCUGCAAUAUCUUGUUAUUCUAUAUAGAUCUCUGUAAUGUUUUCAUAUCUUUUGUCCACACAUAAAUGUGACAUUGAAACCAAAAAGUCUUUCCCUCUCUAUAGCAACAUUUUCUGAUCAAAUAAAUCUAGUACCGGUAGUAUUUCUGAUAGUUCCAUUAACAAAUGUAUGAAACUAAUUGAACUAUUAUAUUUUGGCAAUAAAUUAAAUGUAAACUCAUUAACAUUAAAAAAUAUUUUUAAUUAUUUAUUUAUGUAUUUAAUAUUUAUUUAAUAUGUAUACAUUUCAUUUCAUACUUUAACAUGUCAUACAUAUUGAAAAAAGUAAUAGUUCAAUUAGUUUCAAAUGUUAUUAGACAAGAUUUUAUAAAUAGUUCAUUCUCUUAUAGGAUUGUAAAGACCCAGCUGCAACCAAACAAUUUUGUCAGUAGAAUUAAUGCAUCUUCAGAACGCAUUCUAAUGGCUUCUAUUGUCUGACGUAUUAAGGGAAGCUUUCUUAGUUCCAUAAAGAUUUUAUUUCAUAAAAUGUUUGAAAGCAAAUUGAAUUCCUUGACUGUGUAUCUACUGAGCAUCGAUAUGCUGGAGUUAGUUUCAUGCAGACAGAAGUUUAAAUAGCUGGCAGUGAUGUGAAAGGUUUUUUCAUGCAUUGUAGCACCAAAUGCUCUUUGCAUACCCUCAAUACAAAAACUUGCCUCUUUGUAUUUCUCACUGUACUCUUUACCAAAAGAAAUCACUUUCUGUCUUUCAAAAGUAAAUGUGGAUGUAACUUUAUGAUGUGUAGGAGAUAUAGUUUUAUAGUUGUUAAAAUUUUCUAUUCAUUUUUUCUUGCUGCCCUUUUUGGCUUUGUGACCUAAGGUCACAUUGGGAAAUCACUGAACAUCUUGUCGCUAAAUCUGUCAUUUGUUUUCAGUUUCAUAACAUCCUGACUUGUAUUUUUUUUAAAUUUUAUUGGAAUAUCUUUAAUGACUCAUCUUUAUUGCUUGGAAAUGUUUGUUAAACAUUUUGUAUUUAUCAUAAACAAGGAGCCUCAUUUAGUAUUCCUGUAAAAUACUAGAACAAACACAAUGUCAAGUGAUUUAGAGAACAACUUUAAAAGCAACCAACCCAGGCAAAACUAGAUGGUAAUUAAAUGAUGAGUUUAGUCUAGCUAUUGAAAUAUUUCAUUAGAUUUAACAUUGAUCUAAUUUUGUACAGUAGCUUUAUGAACACUUUCAAGCAUCAUAGGAAUGAAUGGAAUGACUACUUUCAAGUGUUAUAGUAUCAUGCCUUGUUAUAGUAUCAUUUAUCUUUAGGUUUGUGUUUUGGUGAAUAGUAAUUAGGGUCCUAUUGAAACAUUUUUCUAUCAACCAGAGCCUCUGCCUACAGUUACCUGCUUAAGGCUUUUUAAAAGAUAUUUUUAUAUAAGAUAAAUUCUAUGUAUAAAAUUAUUUUAAAAUGAAAUCAUGCAUUUAUGAGCCUAGUCAUUUUUUUUUAUUAAAAACAAAAUAUAUAUAAAAGAUUGAAUGAAA